AUUCAGAAAUCCAAGAUGUCAAAAAACUUUCCUGCAAACGCUUGGGGAUACUCUCCGUAUUACUUUUAAAGUGUCUUAUGUCAGCCCUAGUGGUGGCGCCCUCUAGGGUCCAAUUUACGUGCAGGACCAAAACAAAAAAAAAAAAAAAAGGGGGCUUGUCUUUAUUAAUGCCUCCUGGCUACAUGUUCAGUUAACCAGCAAAACAACAACCGCAGCAGAGGGAGGAGGAAGAAGAGGGAAACGAGUUAAAACCUGCAGCAGAUGACGUCCUCAGAGGGGAACAAUGAGGAGGAGAGGAGGCAGAAGAGGCGUGGACUGGCACCGGCAGACCUCCAGCUGCUGCUGGACUCCGAGUCAGAGCCGUCAGAGAGCAGGAAGAAACCAGCCAGCAUCAGCAGACAGAAACCCGUGGAGCCGCCGUCACCAAUGCUGAGCCUGAGCGACUUUGAAACCAAGUUUGACCGGAAGAAAUCCCAGACCAACCAGUUGUCAAAGACGAACGCACAUUACCACAAGUUAUUCAAGGUGGUCAGCAAAGAUGAGCUGCUCAAACAGAGUUACACCUGCGCCCUGCAGAGAGACAUGUUGUAUCAGGGCAAAAUGUUCGUCUCGCAAAACUGGAUCUGCUUCCACUCCAAAGUCUUUGGCAAAGAUAUCAAGAUUUCCAUCCCAGUGAUGUCGGUGAAACUUAUAAAAAAAACUAAGACUGCGUUAUUGGUGCCAAACGCUCUUGUAAUUGGAACUACAGACAUAGAUCAUGUCUUUGUAUCGUUUCUCUCUCGAAACAACACCUUUAAAUUUCUGAAAUCCAUCUGCCCUCAUCUGGAGGUGGAUAAGAUAAGUAGCAGCCCUGUAGCUUCCUCCUGUGAAAACAGCUUCAGAGCUAGCUGCCCCACGUCGCUUCCUCUGGACUUUACUGGAGACUUCUCCGACCUGGAUGGAGUUGUGCACCAGAGGCGGCAGGACAUGAUGGAGAGCAGCAGCUCUGGGUCGCAGACUCCAGAUUAUGAUAAAAUAAGCGACUUCAGCAGCCUCCCAGACACAUUUCUGAGUGCAGCAAAGACCAGAGAGGUUUCGGUCCACGCAGACAUUCACCUCCAGAACCCGAGCCAAAAGCACGGAGCCGCGCUCAAAAAUGGCCAAAGCAAGCCGCCACAUGGACUUACACCAAAAGACUCGUCCUCGCAGCCAAAGUCCUUACACGUCAUCCUCUUCAUCUAUCUGUUUUUAGUCAGCGUUCUUGUCUUGUCCUCUUGCUACAUGGCCUUCAAGAUUGUGGCUCUUGAGCACCGCCUGAACUCCUUGCUGUCGAUGGGGGAACUCGUUGAUAACGAAAAUGCUGGGAGCCAGAGGUCGCAGGUCGAAGUGAACGCGGAGAUCUACGGGGAGCUUUCCACUAACCUGUUCAAGUUAGAGAAGAUUCAAAGGAACCUCAGGAAGCUCCUGGAGGAGACCUAAAGGAAGACCUGCGUCUGUGUUUCUGUCCAGACGGAGGCUUGGCUGGUAAUUGGAGAGGUGGUGGGAGCUUUGCGGCACAUUUGGUGGCUCAGUUGCAAAAGCCUGGACAACUCACACGCCGAGAGCUCGGUCUUAAAAAGCUGUGUGAACAUUUGCUGUGCAAUAAUAGCCUCUCUCUGUGUUUCCCUCAGGACUUUUCUGUCUCGCGUUUCAAACAAAGCAGUGCUGCAGCUUCACGGCAGCAUAUUUUAUGUACUGUAUUUUAGCUUGCAAUGUCAUGACAAUGGUAGUUUUUUUUGUUGUUUUUUUUUUAACACACUCUCACACUUAUAUAUCUACGUAUAUAAGUAUGACCAUGAAGGUUAGGUUCAAAAGUGCAAUUGUCAGUGUUUGGAAACGUUCCUUAAUAGGUCAAAGGUCAAAUAGUGCUCUCUUUCUCUUAGAAGUGAAAUGCCAAUAGAUUCUGUUUACGUCCUGCGUAUAAAUCACUCAGCUGGAGAUGUUUGCACAAUAUAGUCAAGUACUUUCUUAAGGUGAAGAAAAAGUCCAUAGUGCUUUUGUAAAUAUUUGCUCUAACUCACGUGAGUGGUAUGUUUAGAAACAAAAUAAAAAAUUAAUAAUGACAUUAUAUUAGGUCUAUUUAUCAUAGAUGUUUCGCUAGAAGAGUUGACUUACUUUGAUAAUCAGAUGCUUUGAUUUUGUAAUCGGAUAAAUUAUGUUCACAAGAAUAAACUUUCGUUUCACUAAAACUUGAAGACCGUUGUUUAGACCGCAGACAUUUUGCGUUCAUUUUGCAGUGCUGGUAUCAGUUUUCUAGAUUAUUGGGUUCCCCCCGCCCCUCCAGAAUCAGCUGAACAGGAUCGUUUCUCGCCGGCAGACGGCGGGUUACAUUAGGUUGGUGACAGUCGGCAGACGGCGGUCAAAUGAACGCAUGUGCACGCGGAGUAUCCCGAUAACAGGACUGUCAGGUCGAAUGCCCGCUGGUAAUUCAACAUGUAAAGUAUGUCUUUUUAAAAGAUUUGAUGGAACUAGAAAAAAAAAAAAAA